GCCUCCCUCCGCGAGCACUGGCGGCUGUGCGACAGCCUCGGGGCGCGUGUGGCCUGCAUGGGCGAGGCGCUGCAGGCCGCCAGGCUGCUUCGGAUGCCGCCCGACACCAUCGCGCAGCGCGAGGCAGCGCUGCAGCAGGGGAACUGGGCCAGGCACGCGCCUCCGCCUGGCGCGGCGUGCGGCCCGCCUCGCCCCUCGGCCGCUGGCGCCUCCACUCACGGGGGCUGGGGCGCCCGAGCGCUCGAGCGCCUGCUGACAGGCGAUGCGACGCCGCCCCGGGGCGAGGCCACGCCCGUCACGCCCGGCUUGCACGCGCUGGACGGUGGCCUCGCCUUCAUCGAGGCGCAGCUGUACGUCCCUCUCGUGCCGCUGCUCUACUUCGUCUGGGUGCUCGUGCUGGUCGUCCUCGGCUCGUUCGACCUCCCAUGUCGAGAUGCAGAGGUGGAGCGUUGA